GUUCUGUUCUUGACUGUGGAAUUUUACGAUAUUGUUUUGAAUGAAUAGCUAAUUCCUUUGUUUAGCGAUAAUUGGUACGAUCAUUUGUGCGAUUCGUCCGUGACCUUCGAUUGAUCAGCAUGUCUAGAGGUGACGAGGAUCCCCUGGUAUUAGCCAGUGAUGAUGCCGAGGCAUUGGAGUCUGGAGAAUCGCCCCCACCCACGACAAGACGUCUUCCGUCCCUUAUACUGGAACCCGCUGUGUUUCUGGUAUUCUUUGGUAGAUUUCUAACCGAUGCGGCAUAUCAAAAUCAGAUCCUCUACCAGACCUGCGUCACUGUAAUGAAACAUAAUACCACUGAAUGCCAGCCGUUUCUGGGCAGAGAUCGUGGAAAUUCGGAUGAGUACAAAAAUAUCGAGCCGCAGGUCCAGGGAUAUGCGGCUACCAUAAUGAUGAUCAACGCCAUCCUCGAGAGCACAAUUCCUGCCAUUGUGAGUCUCUUCCUGGGCCCCUGGUCGGACAAGUUCGGCAGGCGUCCCAUACUGCUCUCCACAUACACGGGAUUCCUGAUAAGUGCCAGCAUUCUGAUCGUGCUAACCCAGAUAUCGGCCAUCACAAACAUCAAUCCCUGGUGGUUCCUGCUCUCCGCGGUGCCUUCGGUGUUCAGCGGGGGAACCUGCGCCCUCAUCACUGUCCUGUACUGCCACGUAUCCGAUGUGGCCACGGAGAGCGCUCGAGCAAUGGGGAUGGUUUCCAUGGAGGCGGCCCUAGGGCUGGGCAUGAUGACGGGAAGCAUGGCCGGCGGCUACAUAUACGCCGCAGUCGGUGCCAGAACGCUUUUCAUCCUAGUGGGCUCCCUCAUAACCGUAGCCCUGCUCUACGUCAUCUUCCUUGUGCCAGAGAGCCUCAAUCCGGAGGACUUGCAAUCCGAGUCGCGGAUACGUGGGUUCUUCCGCCUCGACCUGGUCAAGAAUCUGGUGAUGACGUGCUGCAGGAAGCGUGAGAACUACGAUAGGGCCAUCAUCUGGAUGGUCAUGAUGUCUCUGACCAUGUGCAUCUUCGCAAUGGAGGGCGAAGGAACAGUCAACUACAUGUUCAUGCAAAAGCAGUUCGACUGGACUGUCACGGACUACAGCGUGUUCAAUACCUCGCGGAUUGUCAUCCAAGUGGUGGGCAGCAUCAUUGCGAUGGUUCUACUGCGCCGCCUGCUCAAAGUCUCGAUCAUAACCAUGACAAUGUUGGCGUUUGCCUGCUGCGUCCUGGAGGGGACUGUUCGGGCGACGGCUCAGUAUGGUCAGGAGAUGUAUCUGGCUUUGGUGCUGGGCAUGAUGCGCGGUGUCAUGAGCCCCAUGUGCAAGGCCAUUCUCUCGCAGUUGACGCCAAGCUCGGAAAUAGGUAAAAUAUUCUCCGUGACCACGUCGCUGCAAUCGCUCUCUCCUCUGGGCGCUGCACCGCUCUAUACGGCCGUAUACGCGGCCACUGUGUCGUCCUAUACGGGAGCCUUCAACUUCAUCAGCGUGGCUCUGUACUUUCUGUGUUACUGUUUUUCGGCCACCGUCUUUGGUAUGAAGAAAUCAAUGGAAAGCAACACCGCCUAUCAGGCAUUUGGAAGUUGAUCAAGGAUCAAUGAAUGUACCGCAAAUACCUCUUGAAGGAAACGAUCUUUGAAGAAGCAUGAGUAUUAAUAAAAAUUAAAGUGAUGCUGUGAGCCAAAUCAAUUGUAAGCCAUAUAUCUCAGAAAAUAUAUUUGAAAGUAAUUAAAUAAAA